AUGAGGGUCACACAAGCAGACCACGAUUGGUUUCAUUUACAGCUCCAGCUCAGCGAGCGGGCGGAAGUAAAGCAGUUCUACCUCGCGCUUCCCCCCUCUGUGGGGAAGGAUCUCCUCCAGUUGUCAUGCGAGGCGCCGUGGAGGCUCGAGGAGGCGCUCCGCGCCGCGCGUUUGAUCGUCUGCGAUGAGCGGCAGCUGUGCGAGCGGCUUGGCGACGCCUUUUCCGCGCGCUUCGCCGAUCCCCUCGACCCGUGGAAUGAGCAAAAUGCGGUGAAGCUGGUGUAUCAAUUCCUCGUCCAGCGCCGCCCCGCCGCGGACGGUGAAGCGGAGGAAACCGAUCACGAACCCAUACGCUUUACCAAGGCGCUCGAGGCGCACAUGACGAGAUGGAUUAAACCUCGCGAAAUGCAAGGGGUGUGCGGGCGUGGGGGUCUUCACCCGGUGGGAUCCCCGCAAGGGGGGGUGUCGAGCUCCAUCCUCGCGGUCGUUCCGAUGGCAGACGGGGAUGCGCACAGCGAAGGGGGGCUGAUCUGUGGUGGGGUCGUUCGCGCGUUUGGGGAGCUCCUGCGUGUGCGGCGAUCCGCGAUGUUUGUGAAAGAAACCGCGCUUCAGUACUGCGAGUUGGGGACCGUCGUGCGGCGCGAUGCUCGGCUGGGGAACCUCCUCGAAAGCGUGGAGGCGUUGCUCGUGAUGUGCUUUCUUUAUGAACUCCGCGUCGUCGGCGCGGCGCGCUCGCACUGGCGGGAACUCCUCGAGUCCUGCCCUUCGAGCUUUCCUACAGUGCCCCUUUUUUGGGAGCUAAGCGACCUUCGCGAGCUGGUCGGGACGGAUAUACUGGAUGUCGUUCUACAACAGCGGGAGGAAUCGGAAAAGGUCGCCCAAACGAUUCAGUACUUCCUCCCGAUAAUUUGGGAGAACUUGUCGCCCACGCUGGGUGAAGUAACGUUUGAGGAGUUCACGUCCGUCUUCUCCGCGGAGUCCAUCUCGUUCGCCAAGGCCGUCUUCAAUUCCCGCGCGUUUAACCUCAACAUCGACGGGGAUGUGGUUCUCGCAAUGGUCCCGGUUGCGGAUAUGAUAAACCACCAGAACCGGACGGAUGUGCUGGUGCGUAAGGUGGAUGUCGAUGGUGGCGAUUUCGUGAUGCUUGCAGGCGCGCCUCUCGACGAGUCCGAUGUCGGACGAGAACUAUGGAUGAGCUAUGGUCCCCUUCAGAACUGGGAGCUCCUGCACAAUUACGGGUUUGUGAUGCCGCAGAAUGAGCACGACAAGUUGCCUUUUCCAUUUCAAGUCGCCCCUGCCGAUGAAGACGACACGUGGAGUUGUCGACGACACCUCCUCAUUGAAAAGUAUCACCUACAUCUGCAUGGCGAGUGUUGGCUGGCUGCGCAUGGGGUACCCUCGGAGGCGUUGCGCGCGCUACUCCGUGUGAAUCUAGCGCAGCCGGAGGAAUUCGAAGUGAUGGAAACUCACGGCCCUUUUACCCCUCUCUCUGCCACCACCGAAGUGGAAGUGGUGCAAACGGUUGAGUAUGUGGUGCAGUGCGUCCUGGAGCAGUUCCCCAACUCCCUCGACGAAGAUAAGGUAAUCCUAGCUGAAAUGAUAGGGGCAAUAGUCGAUACGGAGAGUUUUCAAGACGGUGAAGAUGGCGAUAACCCGCAUGCGCUCGAUAAUUAUAAGCUAUGUCUUCAAUUGCGUAUUGGCCUUAAAGAAAUUGCGCACCGGGCGCUGGAGUGGUGCAAGAGUGCGCGGGCAGGCAUCGAGGGGGAUAACAGUGGUUAA